AUCUCUUUGUCUCUUGUUUCUUCACAUUUCUCAUCAGAAAGCCUGGGGAAAGGAAGGAAAGUGGUGGUUCGUGGUCGCAAUGGCUGUGGCGAUGCAGCCGCGCUAGUGGCCGUAACCUCAUUGCACCACCACAUUCUAUGAAAAAAUUGAUUUCCAUAGGAUCAUUUACCAGCAUUGUGACCAUGUCCCCCCAAGUUCUAUACGACAACAAUCCCACUGUCGUGGCCAUUGACAAAGACAAAAACAGCAGCUUGGCUGUUAGAUGGGCGAUUGAUAACCUGCUUAUAUUCAACCGGACUCUUAUUCUGAUCCAUGUCAGGACUAGAAAUGGUGGUGGGGAUGCAAAUGGUGGAUUAGCAGAGGAGGUUUUCAAGCCUUUUCGUGCAUUUUCUGCACGUAGAGGGAUAAUAGUAAAGGAAGUUGUCCUAGAAGGCAUAGAUGUACAUACUACACUUUUAGACUACAUCAGCAGCCACCAGGUGACCAAUAUUGUUCUUGGUGCCGCAUCAAGGAACGCCCUAACGUUAAGGAAAUUUUGGACCCAUGAUCUGCCAACCUUGAUAAACAAGGCUGCUCCGGACUUUUGUUCGGUGUAUGUAAUAUCAAAAGGUAAGGCACAAUCAAUAAGGCCAGCAGCAACUCGAGACGUUGCUAAUUCCACAACUCCUAGGCUGUCACCUCCUCUGGCGUCGGCCAAGUCUGAUCAUUUUGAACCAGAAAACGUAAUCAGGCCAUCUCCUGUAAAGGGGGGCAGGAAAACUGCUGAUAGUCAAGGUGUUCCUAGAAAAGGAUCCAGAAAUGCAGGCAAUGGCAAUUCCCUGGAUAUUGAUUCAACUGAGCCAGCGAUCGACCUUCAAUCAGGGGACACCAUGAGGGAGCAAGAUAUUACCGUCGUGGGAAAGGACAAUGAUAAUUCCUUGUCUUUAAGUGAAGUUCUAAGACUAAAGCAAGAGAUGAAAGAAACCAUGAAUAUGUACAAUGCAGCUUGCAAGGAAGCAGUUUCAGCCCAACAAAGGGCCGAUGAACUCCAAAAAAUGAAGCUGGAUGAAAAGAACAGAUUAGAGCAGGCACGGCUUGCUGAAGAGGCAGCCCUUGCGCUUGUAGAGAUUGAGAAAGCAAAAUGCAGAGCUGCCAUUGAAGCAGCAGAGAAAGCACAGAAAAUAGCCGAAAAGGAAAUGCAGAGAAGAAAGCAGGCAGAGAUGAAAGCCAAGCGUGAGGCAGAAGAAAAGUAUCGAGCUCUAGAUGUAUUGUCAAACAACGAUGUCCGCUACAGAAAAUACACCAUAGACGAGAUUCAAGCAGCCACCGACAAAUUUGCAAAGUCCAUGAAAAUUGGCGAAGGUGGUUAUGGUCCUGUCUUUAAAGGCAAACUUGAUCAUACCCCAGUUGCCAUCAAAGUACUUCGACCUGAUGCUGCUCAAGGGAGGAAACAAUUCCAACAAGAGGUUGAAGUCCUGAGCUGCAUAAGACAUCCAAAUAUGGUCCUGCUGAUGGGUGCUUGCCCUGAAUAUGGAUGCUUGGUGUACGAGUUCAUGGACAACGGAAGCCUAGAAGACCGUUUGUUUCGCAAAGGAAACACACCUCCCAUCCCUUGGGGAAUUCGUUUCAAGAUUGCUGCUGAUAUUGCAACAGGGCUCUUGUUCCUACACCAGACUAAACCCGAACCCCUUGUUCACCGGGACCUAAAGCCAGCCAAUGUCCUGCUGGACCACAAUAACACUUGCAAGAUCAGCGACGUCGGUUUAGCUCGACUAGUUCCUCCUUCGGUUGCAGAUAGUGUAACUCAGUAUCACAUGACAUCGGCUGCAGGCACAUUUUGUUACAUAGAUCCUGAGUAUCAGCAAACAGGGGAGUUAGGAACUAAAUCCGAUAUAUACUCACUGGGGGUCAUGUUGCUGCAAAUUAUCACUGCCAGGCCUCCAAUGGGCCUCACCCAUCACGUCGAGAGGGCCAUCCAGAACGAGACCUUUGCUGAUUUGCUAGAUCCAACUGUACCUGAUUGGCCUGUCGAAGAGGCCCUGAGCUUUGCAAAGUUGGCCCUGAAGUGUGCCGAGCUGAGAAAGAAAGACAGACCUGAUCUUGCUAAAGUCAUACUGCCGGAGCUUAACAGGCUAAAAGACCUUGGAAUGCAACAUGGAUUAGGUCAUUGGCACACUAUGCAUGGAUGAAGUCCUCGUAAAAGUUUCUCCUAGGUGAUAAAAUUAUUACUAAUUUUUUUUUGAACUAUUAAGCAUGCUUGAAUAGUUACUGAAGCAUGUGAACCCUUUUUUAAAUCAAAAGCAGCACUCAGUGAGGAUAUGAACUCAAGCCGAGAGCUGGGAAUCUUGAAGCUUUGAAUGUAAGAAAUUUAAUGGAAAUUACAUAUAAAUUGGAAAACUAUGGAUA